GGGUGGAGUCUACAGCCCGUCGCAGCUCUGCGGGGAAGGAGGAGCUUUUAUUAGUUUCUCAGCGACUAUUUGUAUCCGCCAAGGCUUCGAAAUACUCCAUAAAGAUGACGACGACGACCAACUUUAAAGGAAUGGAGCCCGGUUCUAAAAGCAGUUCCAGGGUACUACGACCGCCCGGUGGGACUUCCAGCAUCUCCUUCGGUGCAGAUGACGACUCAUCUCCCCGCAAGGACAAGAUGGCCUCCAACAUCUUUGCAGAGCCUGAAGACCUCCAUGCUCAUCGGAGGAACAAUCCACCCACUGGCGAAGCCGCAGGAACCCUGUGUGGGGAACCCUCAGCCCCACUGAGGCGAUGCCAGCAGCCUCUUCUCUUCCCCAAGAACCCCGAGCCGGAACUGAUCACCAUCCACAACUCCGGGGCCGCAUUGGUCUGGAACCAGAAACGAGAGGUUGAAAAUGGCCAAGAACGAGCAAAUACUGAGAGUCCUGACAAUGGGGAGGCGGAGCAAGAGGAGCAAGAGCAGCCGAAGGAGACGACACAGCCCUCUGCCCCGUCGGGAGAUGCCAACGCGGCCACGGGCGGCCGGAGAAACCCCCCUGGUGGCAAGUCCAGCCUCAUCCUGGGCUGAGACCGCUUGUUUUUGUUUGUUUUCAUUGGAACGCUUUUUUUAUUUUUUAAAAGAUAAAUACCCCCACCACUCUCUUCCUCCUCGUCCACCUGUCACCUUCUUCCCUACUUCACAUGCACUCACCGCCGUCACGUCCAUGGACCCCUGUGUCCUCUUCCUCCACCCUCAAACCUUUUGUUUUGAUCCUUUUUUCUAUUAAAAUAAGAAAA